CGCCACAACAAAAUACUUUUUUUUCAUUCGGCAGUUUGUCCAUUUCUCUCUCCGUCGCUUCAUUUUCUAAUUUUUCUCUCUUUUCCCCCUCUCUUCUCUUCAUACUCAAUUUUUUUCCCUCCUUUUACCUCUCUAUCUCAUCUUCCCCCGACGUUGUCAUUCACUACAACAAAAACGACACCAUGGCUGACACAUUCGACGAUGAUCACCAGGGCGUUGAUUCCGGUGCCUCCACCACCUUCCCCAUGCAGUGCUCCGCUCUGAGAAAGAACGGUCACGUUGUCAUCAAGGGCCGCCCUUGCAAGAUUGUCGACAUGUCCACCUCCAAGACUGGAAAGCACGGUCACGCCAAGGUCCACCUUGUCGCUCUCGAUAUCUUCACCGGCAAGAAGCUUGAAGAUCUGUCCCCCUCCACCCACAACAUGGACGUCCCCUUCGUCAAGCGUACCGAAUACCAGCUCAUUGAUGUCACCGACGAUGGCUUCCUUUCCCUCAUGGAUGACAACGGCGGCACCAAGGACGACGUCAAGGUUCCCGAUGGAGAGCUCGGUGACAAGAUUAGACGCAUGUUCACCGAGGAGGGCAAGGACUGCAAUGUCGUUAUCCUCACUGCCAUGGGUGAGGAGUGCGCCAUGGAGUGCAAGGAAGCCCCCAAGGGCAACUGAAUCACUGUAACCAUGGACUCUUUUCCUGCUCCGCUCGCCUUUGUGUGUUCCAAGGCAUUCUUGAAGUUAGCCUCUUCGAUAGUGCAAGAUGCGCCGUUUUGGGCGAGGUGCAACCUGGCUCUUGUAUCGGUAGAUUAGCCUUGGAUUGUGUAGCAAAAGAAGGUUGCGCUUAUUUGGCAGCGUACAGCGAACCAGUCUUAGUCUUGAGUCCAGCUUUCACGAUAUUUUGACGAAUACCAAAAACUUCAGUGGCUCUAUCUAUUUAUUGAUUAAUUCAUCUCUAUGCGCUUCCACCUUGUAGUAGUUAGGAAGAAUAAAAGUAAAGUACUAAUUUAUAAGGAAGAAAAGAGAAAGAGAAAAAGAAAAAGAAACUGUCACAUGUAUGUAUUCAAACAGUGCAUUGUUCUUUAUAUAUAAAAUAAAUAGAUAGCAAUAAAGGGUAA